AAACAACACGAGUCUAUAACCUGCCGGCUGCAGCAGGGUUUUACACCACUCAGAUUUUCUUUUAGAGGGUUGGAAAAGAAAUAAUAUUAAAAAAAUGAGUUGGUUUGAACGAUUCCUUGCGCCGAGGGACGAUGCGGAUGCUCCUGCGGAAUCAAAGACUCUGAAAAACCAGCUGGAAUCGUACGUGAAAGAGAGAGGCUCACUCACCCCGAAAGAACGAUUGUACACCAUGUAUAGUGUUGAUGAAUUCGGAAACUACAGCCCUGAACUUACCUCAAUCAUCGAUUUGUCGCUCGCUAGUUUCUUCGGUGGUGCCGUUGUUGGAGGAUUUAUUCACUCUAGGGCUGCCUACAUUUUUUGGAUGGAAAAUAACAAGGCCACGGCCUUCGUUGAUAACGUAGCAGCUCAAAGAAGUAUCCAGGAUGCCAUCGUGAAAGGAAUGUACAAGGGUGGAAUUAUGUGGGGCUGGAGAACAGCUGCCUUUUGCGGCAUGUACCAGGCUGUUGCGACAACGGCGGCAGUCUAUCGAGGAAAAUUCGGCAUUAUCGAGCACACGCUUGGCGGCUGUGCAGCUGGAGCGCUGUACAAAGUCAAUCUGGGUCUGAGAGGCAUUACUGUAGGCUGCAUUUUAGGCGGUGUUUUAGGGACAAUGGCAGGAGCUUGCUCGUCUGUUGUCUGUUAUUUUACUGGCACUGAUCUAGAUCACGUAAGAUACUAUCAGCACCAGUGGAAAUUAAGAGAGGAAGAGAAAAAGCGGGAAAAAAUCAAGAUGGACUCUGGAGCAACCGACCGUUUGAAAGGCGAACUUGCAAAGAACUUUUCACCCUAGCGGAAAAAUUAGUUGUGACUGAGCAGAGGAAUAUAAGGAAUAAUAAUUGAUAUAAAAUUUAUCAACAAUAA